UAAAAAUGGUCGCCACACCAGCAAUGCCUUCAAUGACUGACGCUCAAGUCGCAGCCGUCAAGGGAGAUUGGGAAAAAAUCAAGGGAUCAGGAGUUGAAAUCUUGUAUUUCUUCUUGAACAAGUUCCCAGGAAACUUCCCAAUGUUCAAGAAACUCGGUAACGACUUGGCAGCUGCUAAGGGCACAGCCGAAUUCAAGGAUCAAGCUGAUAAGAUCAUUGCCUUCUUACAAGGAGUCAUUGAAAAGUUGGGAUCAGACAUGGGUGGAGCAAAGGCUCUCCUCAACCAAUUGGGAACAUCACACAAAGCUAUGGGAAUCACCAAGGACCAAUUCGAUCAAUUCCGUCAAGCUUUGACUGAACUUUUGGGCAACCUUGGAUUCGGUGGCAACAUCGGAGCAUGGAAUGCAACCGUUGAUUUAAUGUUCCACGUCAUCUUCAACGCACUCGACGGAACCCCAGUCUAA